AUGCCAAAUAAUAAUGAAACAUCACCUAUAAUAAAGAAUACCUAUAAAUCAGGAAUUUUCCUUUUAAUUAUUGUUAAUCUACUAUGGGUUGUAUCUGCUGAAAUUACAAGGUAUAUCUUUGUUGAUUUAAAUUUACGGAGACCUCUCUUAAUAACAUAUGUAAAAUGUUGUAUGUUUAGUAUGUAUUUAUUGAAAUUUAUUUUUGGAAGAAAUAGUACAAAAGAUUUACCUUAUGGUAAUUUAGAAGAAAUUGAGGAGGAGUCAUCUGAAUUUGAAAUUGAAGGUUUAUCUGGACCUGAAUUUGAACCGGUUAUUGAUGUUAUAGAGAGUGGUAAUGAUUCAGAUACAGUUAAUAGUAAUAAUAAUACAAAUGGUCAUAGAAGAAGGUCAGUUAGAUUUUCUGGUGUUCGAGAGAUAAGGAGGAUGCCUGAUUCCUCUGCUGAACAUGCUCGUGAAGCCAGAAGAUCUUAUCACCCUCCUAAUUUUAAUUGCACAAUAUCUCCUAUGUUAAAAUAUUCUCUCUAUUUUUGUCCUUUAUGGUUUUUUUCAUCGACUACAUAUCAAGCUUCACUUAUGUUUUCAUCAGUUGCAUCUGUCAAUUUAAUAUCGGCUUCAUCAUCAUUGUUUGUUUUAAUGUUUACUGCUGUUUGUCCAAGAAGGUUACAUGAUAAAUUUACAAUAACAAAACUUUGUCUAGUCUUAUUAAAUAUGUUUGGAGUUGCUUUGGUAUCUCAAUUUUCUGAAUCACUUUAUGGAUCAGCACUAGCUUUAAUUUCAGCAUUUUCUUAUGCUAUUUAUUUAGCCGGUUUUUCAAUGUUUAUUCAUAAGUAUGGUAAUAUUGAUAUAAAUAUUUUAUUCGGUUUUAUUGGUCUUUUUUCAUUAUUUUUUUGUACACCAUUAAUAAUUUUGGUGCAUUUAUAUGGAAUUGAAUCUCAAUUACCAUUACCAACAUUAUAUGAAUUUGGAAUAGUUAUGUUAAAUGGAUUUGUUGGAUCAGUUUUAGCUGAUUGGUUAUGUUUAUAUGCAACAAUGUUGACGACAUCUCUGAUAUCAUCAAUCUCAAUGUCAUUAUCAAUACCUAUGGCAAUGAUGGCUGAUAUCAUUUGCCGUGGAAAAGUACCAUCAUUUAUAGAAUUAGUUGCUUCAAUACCAAUAUUAAUAUCAUUUAUUGGUUCUGCAAUAGUUAAUCAAGAUAACAAUAGUAGCAAUAAUGGUCAUAAUAAUAGAAAUGGAAUCAUUGGUGGUGGAAGGUUAAAUCGCCAUCGUCGUGGAAGGAGAGUUCGGAACAAUGAAGAUGAAGCAUUACUUGAUGGAGACGAUGAUCAAGAAUAUUAA